AUGAAACAUAAAGAUGGAAAACUGAUUAACCAGCCGAACAAGAAUCGAUCUCUGACCGCCGCGAUUACUGUCAUUGUCUUGUGUGGUUUAUCUUUCUACCUAGGUGGAGUUUUUAAAUCUGCAGACACUGAGGGUGUUGGUGUUAUCAGUGCCAUUCAGAAAACACUUGAUUCUUCACAGCAAUCCUCGGGUUCUUUGCAAAUUAAGCCCUUCAAUUACCCUGAAUGCGGCGAGGACUAUCAAGACUACACUCCUUGCACAGAUCCAAAGAGAUGGAGAAAGUAUGGUACCUAUAGGCUUACUUUGUUGGAAAGACAUUGCCCGCCGAUUUUCGAAAGGAAAGAAUGCUUAGUUCCUCCUCCACCUGGUUACAAGCCUCCAAUCAGAUGGCCUAAGAGUAGAGAUGAAUGUUGGUACAGGAAUGUGCCAUAUGAUUGGAUUAACAAGCAAAAGUCUAAUCAGCAUUGGUUGAAAAAGGAAGGGGAGAAAUUUCUCUUUCCUGGUGGAGGUACUAUGUUCCCUAAUGGUGUUGGGGAAUAUGUUGAUUUAAUGCAAGAUCUGAUCCCUGGAAUUAAAGACGGUUCUGUUAGAACUGCAAUUGAUACUGGUUGUGGGGUUGCUAGCUGGGGUGGUGACUUGUUGGAUCGCGGCGUUCUAACAAUUUCUCUUGCGCCGAGAGAUAACCAUGAAGCUCAGGUUCAAUUUGCUCUGGAGCGCGGUAUCCCGGCAAUUCUUGGUGUCAUCUCUACUCAAAGACUUCCUUUCUCAUCAAACUCGUUCGAUAUGGCUCAUUGCUCUAGAUGCCUUAUCCCAUGGACAGAAUUUGGUGGAAUUUAUCUUUUUGAAAUUCACCGAAUCCUUCGUCCGGGAGGAUUUUGGGUUCUGUCCGGGCCACCAGUUAACUACGAGCGAAGGUGGCGCGGAUGGAAUACAACAGUGGAAGAGCAAAGAUCAGACUAUGAUAAGCUACAAGAUUUGCUCACAUCAAUGUGCUUCAAAUUAUACAACAAAAAGGACGACAUUGCUGUAUGGCAAAAGGCCCGGGAUAACAGUUGCUACGACAAGCUCCCUAAAGAGUCCUAUCCUCCAAAAUGUGACGACAGUUUCGAACCAGAUUCAGCAUGGUACACUCCGCUUCGCGCUUGCUUCGUUGUUCCACAAGAUAAGUACAAGAACUCAGGCCUCACGUACAUGUCGAAAUGGCCUAAGCGGUUGAAUGUUGUACCCGAAAGGCUUUCCGUUGUUCAAGGUUCUAGUUCUAGUUCUUUCAAUCAUGAUAACAGUAAAUGGAAAAAGCGAAUUUCGCAUUACAAGACACUGUUGCCUGAUCUUGGAACAGAAAGUAUCAGAAAUGUGAUGGACAUGAAUACAGCUUAUGGAGGUUUUGCUGCUUCUUUGAUUAAUGAUCCUUUGUGGGUUAUGAAUGUUGUUUCAUCUUAUGGUCCUAAUACGCUCCCCGUAGUUUUUGAUCGCGGUCUCAUCGGUACCUACCAUGACUGGUGUGAAGCUUUUUCAACAUAUCCUAGAACCUAUGACCUACUUCAUGCUGAUGGACUCUUCACUGCAGAAAGUCACAGAUGUGAAAUGAAGUAUAUGUUGUUGGAAAUGGACCGAAUUUUAAGACCUGGCGGGCGCGUGAUAAUCCGAGAGGCUACUUACUUUGCUGACGCGGUUGCAACUCUUGGAAAGGGUAUGAGAUGGUUAUGUCACAAAGAAAACACUGAGUAUGAUGUUGAGAAAGAGAAGAUAGUGAUAUGCCAGAAGAAGCUAUGGCAGCCAUCGAACUCAGGAUCAAGAUGA